AUGCAGAGUUCAUCAAAAACAGCAAAAGCUGACAAUGGAAUUACAAAUACUCCAACAAGAGACGAUGAUGAUCCUGUUAUUGAGAGUCAUACAGCCGAGUACAUCAAAGAAACUUGGGAUAAAAUAUGUGAAGAGUAUGUUAUAGACAAAAGUAAAAUCGUCUCUAUCACCACUGAUGGUGGCGCAAACAUGGUCGCAGCAUUGCGAUUAUUUAUUGGAAAUGAUCGUAGGGUUCCCUGUAUGGCCCACUGCUUCAAUUUAUUUGUUGAUGGGGUACUAAGAGAAACUCAUGAGUUUUCAGCACUCUGUGACCAUGUUAAAAGCAUAGUAACAUUUUUUCAACAAUCGGUAAAUGCCUCGGACCAACUAAGAGCUGAACAACAAGCAUCGGGAAAAAAAGAAGGCGAAGUAUUGACACUAAUUCAAGCAGUCAGCACUAGAUGGAAUUCGUGCUUAGAUAUGUUGGAACGAUUUGUUAAAUUAUCUGCUCUUGUAGCAAAAAUUUUGGCCACAAAAAGUCAAACCAAUAAAAAAACACCUGAUAUGGUUGCAACUUUGCAGCUUAACGUAUUACGAGACCUUAUUGCCCUUCUUGGUCCGUUUAAAGAAGCGACUGAAGAGAUAAGUGGGGCAAAUUAUGUGACGUCAAGCUUAGCAACUCCUGUUUCUAAUUUGCUGCGCCAAGUAACGGAUCAAACAAAUCCAUCGACCACUCUGGGAGAGACUGUUAAAGAGGCUUUACUAAAAAAAAUCGACAAAAAACUCAUUCCCUUUCAUAACAAUACUUUUUUCUCGGCAGCUACAAUAUUAGAUCCACGAUUCAAACGCCGCCAUUUUACGUCUCCAAUUGCCGUGUCACAUGCUAUAACAAAAAUUAGCAAUGAUAUUCGCACGGAGCACAGACGUAGAGGACAGCGUUCUCCAGAUCUAAGGCCAAUUCAAGCAGCACCAGAACCUAGUGAAUCGUCAAUUUGGUGUAGACAUGAAAAACUCAUAUCCCUCAGCACAAAUAGAGCAGAAGUUUCAAGUUCUGGUAGUGUUCCUAAUGAACUUAAACAGUAUCUAGACCAACCACUAACAGAAAGAAAAUCAGACCCCGUAGAAUUCUGGGUGAAUUGUCGGAAUUUUACGCCGGUCCUCUCUGAAAUUGCAUUAAAGUAUUUAAUCUGCCAAGCUUCCUCAGUAUUGUCUGAAAGACUUGCUUCGGCUGUCAACUUAGUUGUACCGGAUAAUAGAAGCAGACUAAUCAGAGAGCAUAUCAAGGAAAUAGUGCUUCUGAUAUCUAUAUCAGAUGAAUAUUGGUUUGACUAA